UGCAAAAUCCAUACCAUUAUAUAUUUUUGUAAUGUCUUUAACAUGUUUAACUUGAAUAAAAAUUGAGACUAGAAACAGGGAAUGUUUCAAAGAAACAACAACACGACAAUGACCAACGGAAAAGAAAGACAACUGGAACUCACUUUUAGAAAUGUUAUCGAUUAUCAAGUAUUAAGUUACUUUGUAUUUAGAAAUCAAAUUCAUACCUAUUAAACUAUUAUUUAUUUUAAAGAGCUUACAUGGUUGAGUGCAUGGAGUGUAUGGGCUCGAAAGUCUGUACAGAAAAUAUGUGUGAUUUGCUUUUAAAGAUUUCAACAUGGAAUAAAUAAAUAAUACUGGAUUUAAGUUUUUUUACAUUCUCCGUAGUUUCUAACAUUAGAUGAUAUGUUAAUAUAAGAUAUAAUGAGGUGUCCACGACUGAAAACAAUUGCGAUACUAGUAUUUUGUGCAUAUUUGAUUUCAAUAGUGAUUGCAUUUUAUUUACUGCAUAAUAUGCAUACUACACAAGAUAGCAAUUUCAAUAUACGACCAGAACAAGUGAUUCGCCACAUGAAAAGCCAUAGAAGACCAGAACAACUUCGAAUCGGUCAUCCAUUAUUUGAUAAUUGUAUGCAAAAUCAAGAUUACGAAGAACUCUUAUUGCGACCAUACCAUACGAUUAACAGUGUAUAUGUUUACUCGGCUUUCUUCGAUAACCGCACUGGGAUACCCCAUGUACGAAUGAUAUCAAUGGUAAAUGUUCGAGAAAUGAAACAGAACAGUAACCUUUCAUGUAAGUUUGCAUAUGGUGCUAAUCAAGACAAGUUCUUUUCCGAACCGGUAUUAUUCUAUGAAAUGUGUGAAAACCACCAUUUUACCCAUGGUGGAUGGAUAUUAUCAUGCAAAAUACCAAUAAAUGAAUUGAAGACCAUUCCUUGUAAUUUUGAAGUUAUUAAAAAUAAUGACAUAUCACAUGGUAAUCAUCUAUCAACUAUGAUUCCAUUGUUAAAGACGAGUUCGUAUAGAAGAGAAAAAGAAAAGGAAGACAAUGGAAAGUUUGGACUUUGUAUUCCGCCGCUUUAUGGCGAUAUAAAACCAACUCAGUUUCUUAAAUUCAUAUCUCUAACAAAUGCACUCGGCAUAGAUCAUUUGAUAUUUUAUGUGUACAAUAUUUCUUCGAAUUUGAAUUCCAUAUUAGAAUAUCUAGAGGACCGUAGUACCAUUACCAUAAUCCCGUGGGUACUUCCGGUUGAAAGCAAUCACGUUUGGUAUUAUGGCCAAUCCGUUGCCAUUAACGAUUGCUUAUACCGAGGAAUGUUUUAUUUCAAAUAUCUAGCAUUAACGGAUUUAGACGAAUAUAUCGUCUCUCACAAUUCAAAAUAUUCUUUGCGAAAAUUGAUAGAAAUGAAAAAAUCUACAGACAGACAAGUUGCAGCAUUUAGAUUCCGUACUGCAUUCUUUAUCAGAAAUCCAGAAGCAAAAGGCAAUACUACUUUUGAUGUGCUCGAACAUAAUUAUAGAACCGAGGGUACCAGUAAAAUUCGUAGUAAGUUGAUAGUCGAACCUUACAAAAUAUUUGAAGUAGGAAUCCAUCAUGUAAGCAGGGCGUGGCCAGAUAGUGAGAAUUAUACUUCAUAUGAGAUGGAUCCCGAAGAUGCCAUUGUGCACCAUUACAGAACUUGUACAUCAACCCUUGAUCUAGCAUGUACUUCAUUUAUAACAGACUCUACUAUAAGAGACUGGCAUAACUUCAAUUUCAUUACAAGGUACAACUCCCGUAUGAAGGAACUCAAAUCGGUUUUUAAUAUUACAGAUGAUACAUAACUGUACUUUCUAGUAUAGUCGCUUAUAUUUAAAAAAAAAAAAACGAAAUAUGGCACUUUUUUCAAUAUAUGUCGUUCAAGUACAGAGUUUGUCUUGCGUUUUAUUUAUUCAUCU